AUGGGGUAUGGGCUGAUAAAUAUUGAUUCUAAUGAAUUAGGAGAAAAACAAUUAUGUGAUGUUCACUUGGAGCUUGAGCAGAAAUUAGCCGAUUAUAUGCUAAUGGAAGAUGCUGUUGUGUAUUCGUAUGGAUUUUCAACUGCUGCGAGUGCAAUACCUGCUUAUUCCAAACGUGGUGAUAUAAUUUUUGUGGAUGAAUGUGUGAAUUUCGCUAUUCAGAAAGGACUUGAUGCAUCUCGAAGUACAAUACAGUUCUUUAAACACAAUGAUGUUGAGCACUUGGAACAGCUUUUGAGAGCUCAGUAUGAAGAAGACAUAAAGAAUCCAAAAAAAGCGAAGAGAACUAGAAAGUUUUUAGUAAUUGAAGGAAUAUAUUUAACUCAGGGCGAUAUAUGUCCCCUGCCUGAGCUAAUAGAAGUUUGCAAAAGAUACAAAUUACGAAUUUUCAUAGACGAAAGUGUUUCUUUUGGCACACUUGGUGCACAUGGGAGAGGGGUUACGGAAUACUAUGGAGUUGAUCUUGCAGAUGUUGACCUGAUAAUGUGUAGCAUGGAAUGGACAUUAGGCACAAUUGGUGGAUUCUGUGUAGGAACAUCCUUCAUUGUGGAGCAUCAGCGUCUUUCUGGCUUAGGUUAUUGCUUCUCAGCAUCUUUGCCACCCUUGCUUGCAACAGCUGCUAUAACAGCUUUGGAACUAAUGAAUAGAGAUCAAAGCAUGUUUGUGGAUCUUCGGAAGAAAUGUGAACUUGUCCAUAGCAAAUUCCAGUCAAUAGAAGAUCUGAAAGUGAUAGGCCAUUGUUAUUCACCUGUAAAAUAUUUGGUAUUUAAGGACCACAUAAGCUCUGGACUGCAUUCCAAACGUACAUAUGAAGCCAUUGCUGACUAUUGUAUCAAGCAUGGUUUAGCAGUUAUCACGCCAUCGUAUCUAGAAGACAGAGAAAAACUCAACAGGGAAUUGCAAAAAGGCAUUCGUGUGACAGUGAAUCGUUUGCUGACUGAGGAUGAGAUUAAUCAUGCUGCCUCUGUGAUAAAUUCUGCCUGUAAGGAAAUCCUGAAAUGUUCAAGUGACUCUGUUGUGAACAGUAACUGUAAAGAUUUAUUGAAAGGUUACAGAGUAUCUGAUACAUUAAUCAGUGCUGUUGCAUGAUAUUCAUCCUUUUUAAAAGCCAUUCCACGAAGUUUGUAGAUAUGUUGAAAUGCACCUGUUUAUGGGGAGUUGUAAUUUUAUAAAGUAUCUAAUGUCACAAAUUCGACUGUUUGUUUUAUGUACAUUACAAUAUACACUAAAUAUUUUCCAACUGAG